GAGCCCUUUGAGGAUGGCUAUGCAAAUGGUGAGGAGGGCACUCCAGCUGGGGAAGCAGCUGCCACUUAUGCACCUGAUAGCAAAGGGGUGGUCAAGUUUGGCUGGAUAAAAGGUGUAUUGGUACGAUGUAUGUUAAAUAUUUGGGGUGUGAUGCUCUUCAUCAGACUAUCAUGGAUUGUAGGACAAGCUGGGAUAGGUCUGUCUGUCUUGGUUAUUGGAAUGGCCACUGUUGUGACAACUAUUACAGGACUGUCUACUUCAGCAAUAGCCACAAAUGGGUUUGUAAGAGGAGGAGGAGCAUAUUACUUAAUUUCCAGAAGUCUGGGGCCAGAGUUUGGUGGUGCCAUAGGUCUGAUUUUUGCAUUUGCCAAUGCUGUUGCAGUAGCAAUGUAUGUUGUUGGAUUUGCAGAGACAGUUGUGGAGCUGCUCAAGGAAAAUGGGACGUUAAUGAUUGAUGAAAUGAAUGAUAUCAGAAUCAUAGGGGCUAUCACAGUGGUUAUAUUGCUGGGUAUUUCCGUUGCUGGAAUGGAAUGGGAAGCAAAAGCACAGAUAGUCUUACUGGUGAUCCUCAUAGUUGCUAUUGGAGACUUUGUCAUAGGAACAUUUAUUCCUUUGGACAGCAAGAAGCCUAAAGGUUUUUUUGGUUAUAGAGCUGAAAUAUUUAUGGAGAAUUUUGGACCUGAUUUCCGACACGGUGAAACUUUCUUUUCUGUGUUUGCUAUUUUCUUCCCUGCUGCAACUGGCAUACUUGCUGGUGCAAAUAUCUCAGGUGAUCUUGCGGAUCCUCAGUCAGCCAUACCUAAAGGAACGCUGUUGGCCAUCUUAAUUACUACAUUGGUUUACGUAGGAAUUGCAGUAUCUGUAGGUUCCUGUGUUGUUCGAGAUGCCACAGGAAAUGUUAAUAACACCAUUGUCACCGAGCUGACAAAUUGCACUACUGCAGCUUGCAAAUUAAACUAUGAUUUCUCAUCCUGUCAGACAGGGUGUCAGUAUGGGCUGAUGAACAAUUUCCAGGUGAUGAGCAUGGUAUCAGGAUUUGCACCACUGAUUUCUGCAGGUAUUUUUUCAGCCACCCUGUCUUCUGCAUUAGCAUCUCUUGUGAGUGCACCCAAGAUCUUCCAGGCAUUGUGCAAGGACAACAUUUAUCCAGGAUUUCAGAUGUUUGCUAAAGGCUAUGGGAAGAACAAUGAACCACUGAGAGGAUAUCUUCUAACAUUCUUAAUAGCUCUUGGAUUCAUACUAAUUGCUGAACUGAACGUCAUUGCUCCAAUUAUUUCUAACUUCUUUUUGGCCUCAUAUGCCUUGAUUAACUUCUCUGUAUUCCAUGCUUCUCUUGCAAAAUCUCCAGGCUGGCGCCCUGCUUUCAAAUACUACAAUAUGUGGAUUUCUCUUGUUGGAGCUAUUCUGUGCUGCAUUGUGAUGUUUGUCAUUAAUUGGUGGGCAGCACUUUUGACAUAUGUCAUAGUUCUUGGACUCUACAUUUAUGUCACUUACAAGAAACCAGAUGUGAACUGGGGAUCCUCAACACAAGCUUUGACUUACUUGAAUGCCCUGCAGCAUUCUAUUCGUCUCUCAGGAGUGGAAGAUCAUGUGAAGAACUUCAGGUAACAGUUAAUAUUAAAGACCUACGAAACUACUUCUAUGUAUUCA